AUGUUAGCCCUUAAGAAGACCCUCGCCCCCCCCCCUCCCAAUCUCUCGGGUGAACCGACCCGGAUCCAUGCAACAGGAAACACGUUUUCUGCUCAGAGGACAAGCGCGUCACUCGGAUCCAAAUUGGUCAUCAGAACCUACAAGCCUCCGCCGCCGCCACCGUUGCCACCUCCGUCAUUGAAAAUGAAAGACCCUGGUGGGAUAGGAUUUAUAGAUGAUAUAGGUGGUGGGGUUGACGGGCUUAUGUCUUGUACAGAGAGUAUAGGGUUGGAGAGUUGUGAAGAGAGAAGGAUUCUUGUUGAUGAUGAUGAUGAUGAUAAUGAUCAUCAUUAUCAUCAACAGAUGGUGGAGUUUUGUGAAAGAGAAAGGGAUAGAUGGAGAAAGAAAAGAAGUAAUGGAAAAAUGAGAAUAGAAAGGAAUUAUAGUAAGUUGUUUCCACCACCACUUUCUUCAUUGAAUGAAAAUGGGCAGCCAUGUUUUUACCUAAAACCGGUGAGAAAAGAUGGGAGACUGGAGUUAACUGAGGUUAAAAUACAGAGACCUGAUAUUUUACAUGCUGUCAGGGAAAAUGGUCGGUUGAGAUUGCAUCUGUUUAGAAGUCAUAAUGAUCAAGAUAUUUCCUCUAAAAUCAAUGAAGAAAAAGAAGAGAAAGUUGAAGAAUCAUGGAAACAUAGAGUGACUGAAGAUGGUUUGAAGAGAUGUCAAGAGCAGGUUAUGAACCAUCAUCAAGAUCAUCAUCAUAAUCAUGGAUGGAGGCAGCCAUGUGUGACAACAAGAUGAAUAAUCAAAGACAUGGAGGAUUAUUAUAUAACCAAAAGUUUAAUUUGAAAAACAAAAAAAAAAUUGAAGUUAUAUGUUUUAUAGGAUGAUCAAGGCAGAAGGAAAAUUGCAGGUGAAAUAUGGUUAAUCUCCAUUCUCCACUUGUUAGUAUAAAUAAUUUUUUCUUUUUAAAAAAAAGGAGAAAAUGAUUUGAAGACUAUUUUGCCAAUUUCAGUUACUAAACUAUUUGACUUUUUAUUUUCUUUAAAAGUCACUUAUGGAACUUUACCUUUAAUUUCUUUUAAUAAAAUGUGCGUACUUACAUA